AUUCUUGCCACUGGCCGCGCUAAAAGACGCAACACACAAUGAGAAGUCAUCACGCAAGUGUUCUUAGCCUCGUGCUGCUGGCCGCAGUGGCCGCCUCCCCGGCGCUGGCCGCCAGGAGACCAGUCACCAGGCAACAAGCAAAAGCCGCAGGUGCGAGUUCGGGCCUUCCGAAGGAGGUUCAGCGGCAGUGGCAGGUGGCAGUGAACCGGCCGCCCAAGUACGCGGUCAAGCAGAACGACGGAACGACGGAACGAGCCACGUUGCCUCCCGCCGAGCCCGGCUUCAUGUGGACGCAGGUGCCCAUCACCGAGGUGCCGCCCUCGUCCGAGGCCCCGCACACCACGACCGAGGCCACCGAGUCGGAGGCCGUAGCCGCAGUGUCCACCGAGUCGACCGCCGCCGCCGUCCCACCCGCCGAUCCUGAGAUGCUGAAGAACUGCCAGCAGCCUCGAGGCCAGUUCCCACACCCUGACGAGUGCGACAAGUUCUACAACUGUUGGGACGACGUCGUGGCUCUGCAGGCCUGUCCUGCCGACCUCGUCUUCUCCGACCAAGGUGCCUUCUGCGACUUCAGAGAGAACGUGGACUGUUCCUCAAGAGGAGGACUCCCUGCCACCCCGACUGAGGCCUCUGCUGAAGCAGGUGCGGCCACGACGGAAUCGCCCGCUGUUGAAAGCACGGAUGUGGCUCAAGAAGCGGAGGAGGCUGGAGGCUCGGGAUCUGGACCAGUUUCUGAGGAGCAGCUGAAGGAGGACAUUGGUGCGGGAUGCACGGAAGCCUUCUCCAAGUACCGCAGCUCCAAAAGCUGCGACGUUUUCAUCAUCUGCUCGCACGGCGCUCCCUACAGGUUCCAGUGCCCUGAGACGCUUAACUACAAUGAGGAACUGGGCGUGUGCGACUAUCCCUACAGGGUCGAUUGCGGCAACUCGACCUCCAAGUACGAGGUCAGCGGGCAGCAACAAGAGCAGCAGCAGCAGGCCGCGGGAGGAGCGACCCCUGAACAGAUCUGGAGGCUCCUUUACCAACACCACUUCCAACAGCAGCGCCUGCCUGCCGAUGUCUCUGCCUACUACGGAGGAUUCGCUCAUUUGCCCCCGGUCAGGGUUGUGCCAGGAUACAACCUGCGCGGCUGACCUGCCGGAGCUCCACGUCGACUGCCACCCCCGCCAUCAGCCACGUGACUUGUUUCAUCCCCCAGCGGUGCAGGGUCUCCUCCAUUCUACACACCUUCUAAUACACACACAAUGGGCGUUUCGCAAGGGCUGAGAGAAUCAGUUGAUGAGAACGGUGAUCGGUCUCUCAUGACGUCUAGUGCAUCUCGGCCCGUGCGAACCCCUGGGAUUAUUUAUUGGGCAUUAUUGUGCCCGGCCAAUCGGCUCGCACCGAAUGGCAAACUCUCCAAGAAUCAGAAUGUUCUCUGCUUAUAUGUUUUUAACAAACAAUAAAUACUAUUUAUUUCCCCGAA